CACACAUGCAGCUUCCUGCCUGUCCAUCCUUCAUGUGUUCCCAAUGACCUGGUGCUUGUCUCCUCAGACGGCGGGGCUGUGACACUACACAGGGGGAGACAUGGCUUGUCUGUUCAGGAGAGCAAUAGCAGAGCAGGUUUCUCAAGUUUUAGGGUUGCCACCAGAAAAACUGAUUCCACACAUUCAUGCAAUUCAAGUCCACAGAAAACAAGACUCCCCUGAUUUUCAGCUUUAUGUUAAUUCUGUGCCUGGAGACCACUUUAAUGCAACAUCUCAAGUGGAGAACGCACUAAAGCUUGCAUCUAAGCUGGCUAGAAACUCUGUAAUAAGUGAAAUACGUACUGGUCGGGGAUCUGUGACCUUCCGAAUCAACAGAGAUUUAUUAACAAAGACAAUUUUGAGAAAAAUAAACCAAGAUGGCUCCUCAUUUGGAAUGAAUUCUGAGCUUCUGUCUAACACCUCUAGGGGUCUCACCCUUGUGGAAUACAGUUCACCCAAUAUUGCCAAAAAAUUUCAUGUUGGACAUUUGCGUUCCACAAUAAUUGGAAACUUUAUUGCUAAUCUGAAGGAGGCAGUUGGUUGUAAAGUUAUAAGAAUGAAUUACCUGGGUGACUGGGGCUUUCAGUUUGGCCUAUUGGGUGCUGGAUUCAACAAGUAUGGAUGUGAAGAGAAACUUAGAGCUAAUCCUUUACAACACCUUUUUGAGGUGUACGUGAAAGUCAGUGCUACAGCAGAAAAAGAUGACGAUAUAAAGCAGUCUGCACAGGAUUUUAUGCAGAGACUAGAGAAUGGACAUCCGCAGGCUCUUUCCCUGUGGACACACUUCAGAGAUCUGAGCAUUGAGGAAUAUGCCAAAGUCUAUAAACGUCUUGGUGUGCGGUUUGAUGAAUACUCUGGCGAGUCCUUUUACACAGAAAAGGCUCAAGAUAUUCUGAAGUUGCUUAAAAGCAAAGGAAUGCUAAAGACAACAGGUGAUGGUAAAAUAGUGGUGGAUCUUUCAGAGCAAGGGGAUCUUUCCACUCACUCUACAGUGAUGCGUAGUGAUGGGACAGCUUUAUAUAUUACAAGGGAUCUAGCAGCUGCAAUUGAUCGCAUGGAGAAAUAUACCUUUGAUGAAAUGAUAUAUGUGACCGAUAAAAGUCAACAAACACAUUUUGAACAUUUGUUUAAAAUUUUGGAGAUUCUUGGGAAAGAACGUGUAAGCAAAUGUCAACAUGUUAAAUUUGGACGUGUACAGGGAAUGCAAACAAGAAGAGGAGAUGUUAUCUUUCUGGAAGAUGUUUUGGAUGAAGCCCGUUCUAGAAUGCUUCAAAAUAUGGCAAAUAGUGAGACAAGUAAAACAACGGAAGACCCUGCUGACACAGCUGAAAAGAUUGGGAUUGCAGCUCUAAUUGUACAGGAUUUUAAGGGUCCACUUUUUUCAGAUUACCAAUUUCAAUGGGAUCAAGCGUUGCAGAGCAGUGGAGAUACUGGUGUCUUUUUACAGUACACCCAUGCACGGUUACACAGUUUACUGAAUCUGUGGGAAACGAGAGAGAAAGAAGAGUUUGAUGCAAACUGUUUACAAGACCCCUCUGUAUCCUCAACCUUGCGGCACUUUCUCAGGUAUGAUGAAGUAAUUCACAAGACACUGAAGGAGCUUCAGCCACGAUACUUGGUUUCUUACCUCAUGGGCCUAGGUCAUUUAGCUAACGUGGCACAUCGCUCUCUUCAUGUCAAAGGAAGCAGCCCAGAUGUGGCACAUGCUCGGCUUCUCUUUUUCAACAGUAUACGUGUAGUUUUGGCUAAUGGAAUGAGACUUUUGGGAAUUACCCCACUUGAUAAAAUGUAGUUUAAGCACUAUUGUGAGGUUAUUUUUAAUAAAACUGGAAAAAUGUUUGUUUUUCUCUUUUGCUCGUUAAUUUACUAUUUUAGCAGCCAUGGCUCAUUGGUUCUGAAACCACAAUGUUUCCUGCAAAUGUGUGAAGACUUUUUUUUUUUUUUUUUCAUUAAAAGUGUUUAUAUUCAUAAAUACAUACCCCCUUCUCACUGCUCUGCCUGUCUAUGGCUACUACACUAUCAUUCUGCCAGGACCUGUGGUAGUGGGCAAAGGUCUACUCACCGGUAUGAUUUUUACAUUAACGCAGAUGUCAAAAUAAAAAAAUAUGCAUUACA